AUGUCCCGACUGACACCGACACAAGAAACCGCCGUAGACAACGCAAUGGCACCUCACGCCGACUUCCCCGAAAUGGCUCUCGAGAGCGUCCCCCAGCGCAAUGGCUCAAAGUUCCAGACACACCUUCAUUCGACACCGGAAAACGAGGUGCACGAUGUAGUCUGCGUAGGCUUCGGUCCUGCCUCAUUGGCAAUUGCAGUAGCCCUCCACGACUCGACCAAGCAGACUGGCAAGCAGCAACCCGCACUCAAGACGCAACCCAAGAUUGCCUUCCUCGAGAGACAAGAGAGCUUCGCAUGGCACGCUGGUAUGCAAAUUCCUGGCGCAAAGAUGCAGAUCUCCUUCAUCAAGGACAUGGCCACAAUGCGCAACCCUCGCAGCGAGUUCACCUUCCUCAACUACCUCCACGAGAACGACCGCCUGGUUCAGUUCACCAACCUGAGCACUUUCCUGCCCCGUCGCAUCGAGUACGAGGAUUACUUGCGCUGGUGUGCUGGCUGGUUCCAGAACCUGGUCUCGUAUGGACACGAGGUUGUCGAUAUCUCGCCUGACAGCAAGAGCGCCGAGGGCGUAACAACAUGGAAGAUCACAUCUCGCAACAUUCACACAAAUGAGCUUAGCUUCCGUCGCACGAAGCGUGUCGUCGUAGCUGUAGGAGGUCACCCCAAGAUCCCCAAGGCCUUCCCUCAGCAGCACCCUCGCAUCAUCCACUCGUCUCAGUACUGGACUCUCUCGUCUCGCAUCUUCCGCGACCGCGAAGCUCCCCUCAAGAUUGCUGUCAUUGGCUCCGGUCAAUCCGCCGCCGAGAUCUUCCAAAACAUCCCCAGCCAAUUCCCCAACUCCAAGGCUUACCUCUUGAUCAGAGGUGCUGCCCUGAGACCUUCAGACGACUCCCCCUUCGUCAACGAGGUCUUCGACCCCGAGCGCACAGACGACACCUUCAACCAAGAUCCUGCUAUCCGUGCUGAGGCCAUCAAGAUGGACAAGGCAACUAACUACGGUGUCGUUCGUCUCGAGCUGCUGGAGCACAUGUACGACUGCCUCUACACUCAGCGUCUCGUUCACGGCGACGAUGAAGCGAACUGGCCCCAGCGCCUGCUCAACCACCGCGAAGUCGAGAACGUCACCGAGUUGCCCAACGACCGUAUCCGCCUGCACAUCAGAAACGACACUGCCAAGUUCAGACGCUGCAAGGCCUCGACGAACGAAAGCCUUGAUGUCGAUUUGGUCAUGAUUGCUAGUGGUUACAGAAGAGACCACCACGAGCAGUUGAUGUCCAAGGUUAGACCUAUGAUGCCUGGUGGUGACAAGCCCGGUCAGAAGUGGACUGUCAAUCGCGAGUACAAGGUCCAGUUCCAGGAGGGCGCUGUUUCCAAGGACUCUGGUGUUUGGUUGCAGGGAUGUAACGAGGGCACCCACGGUUUGAGCGAUUCCCUCCUCUCCGUUCUUGCUAUCCGUGGCGGCGAAAUGGUCCAGUCCAUGUUCGGCGGCCAGUAA